CGAGCGACGAGCGACGGUGGCAGAGGUAGAGGUAGAUGUAGAGGUAGAGGUCAGAUUCACAGAAUUGGAAUUGCAGAUGGCGCCUGACUGCGCGGCGUCAGCUAGUUGCCAUCGAGCUAAAACCGCUAAAACAUCGUGGGGGCCAGUGCCAGUCAUCCGGUUAGAGGGAGGGGCUGUUGAGUAUUUAUCGUGUCUCUUGUAAGCAAUUUCACCCUCAACCCCAUCGCCAGGGUAACAUCGCAGGUGAAGAGGGGGGAGCGUUUGACACCCUGGGGGUAUUACUUCGGCCUUCUUUUCCAUACGGUUUAUCGCGUGCUUGAGACAGGAAAUCAACCAUUUAACUGCAUUCACGGGUUUUUUUAAAGGCCAUCUUCAUCGUCUCGUGGUUCGGAGUUACUCCGCUCGGUUUCGCUGCGACGCUAUCUCCUUUUUUACAUUUCAAACACUCGUUUUUUUCACUUUUUCCCCCCUUCUGUUACUUGUCGGGAUAUUGUGCUGUGCAGGCGGUUUGUGCAGGCGAUUUAUCAGACAAUCGAGCCCAUUCGAGAUAUUGAGGUUUUUUGGAGACAAGGGAAGGCUUCCAGGCGCCAUUACUGGGUGAGGGUCGGUGCGAGAUUUUCUCCGGGAGUGGAGGAACUUUCUUUAAGAUCGCCUCAACAACUGAAAAUGAAGAGUCGAAUUGAAGACGUCUUCCCUUUAAAUCACAAUAUAAUGACAAAAUUUCCGGAAUGAAAGCUCUGAUUUUCAGAUAGACCCGUAGAAAAAUAUUUGAACAAUUUAAAGAAAGGGCACUGAAUUUUUUGGAUAGCCUUAGUACUAAUUUUUGAUGAUCCAAUUGGAGCUAGCGACAUGGAAUAUUUUUUCCAAUUCAUGAGAUAUUAUUGUUAAUGGAAUUAAUCGAUGGCACCAUGGGACCUCCCGGAAUGAAAACCGAGGGAAAACCAAAGGAAUAAUAAAACGAGUUGUGAAUUAAUCAGUUGAAAGGAGCGGAUAAAAGGAGGGAAUAAAUAUGUCUGAGCAGUAUCGGUCGCUGCGUCCUCGACGUUCGAUUUUACAAAAAAAAGGUCGUGCCAGUGAAGAGGAAGCAUCCGGUGGUGAUGACACAGAGAUGGGAAAAGAUGACAGUGAUUGCGAGCCUCGACUCGUCAUCAAAGAGGAAACUGAUGAUAAUAUUGAAGACAAGGGGGAGAGAAUAUACGAGUGCAACUCUUGUAAUUCCACAGUAGAGUUCGCCAAUCUUGCAGACUACCUUCAGCAUCUGAAGGAGGAGCACCACCAAAAAAGCAAAACCCAUGGCUGUCCCCACUGCAAUUACACCUAUCAAAAUUCCAAAAAGCUCCAGAGGCACAUUCUCACGGCCCACAAGGACGUUCAGGGUGAAAAAUCGGGUGAAAUAGUGCGAAGAAACAGGUGUACAAUGUGUAAUUUUGUCGCUUAUACACCAACUGAUAUGGAAAAUCAUCAGAGGCUUCAUCACCUCAAGAGGCGAUUUUUUCGGUGCACAAAGUGCUCUUAUAUGACUCAUGUCCGUGCACGAUACACCAAACACGUGAAAUACCAUUCCAUGCCAAUGAUAAAAUGCGAUGAUUGUGAUUUUCGAACUCCUUAUAAGUGGAAUCUUGAUCGACAUACGAGGAAUCAUGGGGGUGGUGGGGCCUUUCAGUGUCGGGCUUGCAAUUUUACUGCUGAGAUCCGACAGAGUUUGACGGUACAUGAGGCCAAUCAUCAUGAACCGCCGAUUGAGCAGAUGGCGAGUAAGAUGAGCAGUCCUUUUGAACGAAAACCAAGAAAUUGUCCUAAGCGUUAUAAUCAGGUUGGUGCCAGUGAUUACCGCGAAGUGCCGACAAUUGAAAAGUCCCCAGUGAUUGAAAACUCAGUAGACGUAGAAGAUCAUAAGAAUUCUAGUAACUCAGAUGGUGCGGAUUGUAUUGCGUUAAAAUGCGAGGAGAAGGGCUGUCAGUUUAUAACUGCCUGGGACUCUGAAAUGCAACGACAUUUGGCUGAAUCACACGCUGGUCAGUCCCCUGGUAAGAGGAAACCCCUGCCGAUGCUGAUUCCAUUGAGUCCUGGAAGCAACCCUCCAAGUGUCAGUGCGUCCACUAGCCCUCCGACUACAGUUCUCAAUGUGCCGCGAGUCAGAGUGAGGCCAGAGCUUGCGAAAAUCGCCAGAGAUACUGAAAUCGCCAAAUUGUAUAGUAACCCUGAGGUGAAUGGGGAUAAAGAAGCCAGUCCCCAAAAAAACUUUGAAAAAAGAAAUGCCUCAUUCUUCGACAAACUCAAGGAACGUCUGUUAACAAGUUCUGGAAUCACCCAAGCCACCAUGAAUAACCAAGUAGCAGCUGUAAGUAAUGUCAACGAUCUAAAGUGUUGGUGCACGUUUGAAGCAAGUAGUCAGGAUGAAAUGUCAAGUCAUAGAAAAACCCAUCACACUGCGCUCAGUGUGUCUCUUGGCGUAUCGCGAUGUCCAAAGUGUCGAAGACGUUGCAAAACUUCGGGCGAUCUCCAGAUGCACAUUAAAAUAUGCCCAGCGUACAAUAAUAAUAACGACAAUAAUGAUAGAAAUAAUAGCCAGGAGAACACUGUCAACAGUGAUAGCUAUGCAACAACUUCUUCCUCCAAUGAUUUUGACUUACCAUUGCAAGUGGACUGGGAUGCAAAUUACAGCGGACUUAAUUCCUCUGGAUCCUCGGUGGAAGGGGGGGUCCCUCAAAGUACAACAGCUCGACGAGUGUUCAAGUGUCCCCACUGCCCAUUCUGGGCAUCGACAGCGAGUAGAUUCCACGUCCACAUCGUUGGCCACCUGAAUCGCAAACCCUUCGAAUGCUCUUUAUGCGCGUACAGAUCCAAUUGGCGAUGGGAUAUAACGAAACAUAUUAAACUGAAAGCAGCCCGAGAUGCAGCUCACGUGAAUGCCCGGGUGCUGAUGACUGAUGAGACGGGUCGUCGUAACUAUUCCAAGUAUAAUAAAUAUCUGACUCAGCUGCACCAAGGGUCGGACGCGCCAGCAUCAGAAGAGACACAAGGAUGUCUUCGCUCAGGCGAGCCCGCCCGAAAGGUCUUCAUAACCACGGACCCAUUCUCUGGGGCCUUGAAACGUCGUUCAAAGGUAAUGAGUUCCCUCUCAGUGGACGUAUCAUCGGGAACAAUCGUCAAGCCGUUUCAACUUCCCCGACUCCACGGCCAGUCCCUCCUGAAGGUGAAUCCGGCUGCUCCCUCUCCCCCAAGGGCUGAUCAACAGUCCUCCCCAAAAUCCUCUGAGGAGACAAAACGUACUCUCUGGAAAUGCAAACGCUGCAACUACCGUGACUCCAGCAAAGAGGUGCUCUUACUUCACGUCAAGAGUCACUACGAAAAAUUGGAGAGAGCUGCAGAGAAAUCCAACAAAUUGAAAUGCACUGAUUGCCCUUUCGUUGCAAACGACCAGGAGUCCUUGGCCCUUCACAAGGUGCAUCAUCGUCCGAACCUCGAGGCCAUUUUCAAGUGUUACCUGUGUCCCUACUAUGUCAGCACAAAGGCAGAACUCCUGGAGCACGCACGUCUUCACGGUGAGGAGUUGUCAGUGGUACAUCAGUCAGACUCCAAGUCACAAUCACAGCAAACCCUGAGACAUGCCUCAGGUGACCAGGAAACCCCGCCUCUUCUCCUGGACACUCGAGCUCUUCCAGACACACCGAUGGUCUGGGUUUCGAAACCAGAUGGCAUCUUCGCCAAAAUGUUCAAAUGUCGUCACUGUCCUCACGUCUCUUCGAGACGAGCAGAGGUCCGAGACCACGAGAUAAUGCACCUGAACGCGGAUACCAGUGCUCUGGGUGUUCCCAUUGCCUGUCCAGACUGCAGUUUCACUUGCACUCAGAGGGACGUCAUGGAGUCCCAUGCAGCGAUGCACCUAGGCUCUCUGGGAACUGUUCACUGCCUGGUGGCUGACAACAGGAGUGAUUCGCAGCAGCUGGACGACCUCAAGAGCAUCCUGGGGCUGGCUAAAGCUCCAACUCUCGGUCCAGAUCCUGAUCUCAGAGACUCCAGGCUCGUCUACAGCUGCAGCAAGUGUCCAGCCAGAUUCUUAUGUGAUAAGGAACUGAAGAUUCAUCUUCGUUAUCACUCAACCUCAUUGGCAUAUACCUGUGACUGGUGCACUUAUGCUGCUAGACAGCCUGCACAUCUGCUAGCUCAUCAGAAGGCACAUUCCAGUGAGUACCAGGAACGCACUCGUUGUCUGUCAUCAAUCUAUGGUAAUUCCCAACGAUUUCCACCACCUCUCACUGCCUGUGUCGAGGUCAACAGCCAGACAAAUGACGAUAGAAGGGAAUUCGCUUGGAUUGUCGUCGAGGUGUCAAACCCCACUGGACACACCCAAGAGUACACUCAUGAUUCAAAGAAUCAGGUGUUCACCUGCACUAAAUGCCCGGCCCGGUAUUUUAAGCUCGAUGCCCUCGAGUACCACAUGACCCUGCAUGGCUCCAACAACAGGUUCAAGUGCGAGGAGUGCGAUUACUCAUCUAAAACAGCUCAAAACCUUAUGAAGCACCAGGUGGUCCACAGAAGGCAGCCAGAGCCUUUGGAGCUACCUCAUGAGGUAUUGCAAGGUCAGAGUCGAUUACAGGCAUCUUCACACACUCAGGAAGACAUCGUCUCAACUGGAAAUCCCAAUUUUGUGUAUCCAGGGUACAUUAGGCAUGGCAAGUUCAAGGAGAAGAAGUACAAGUGUCACAAGUGUCCCUCGGCCUUCGAGAAACGAGAGCAAUACAGAAUUCAUCUCUCUCUUCAUGGAUCCAAGCAGAAGUACAGGUGUGAGACGUGCGAUUAUGCUGUCAAGUACUAUGCGAAUUAUGUGCAACACUUGAGGAAGCAUCAUGCUAAUGCUGAGGCACAGGCUUCCAGGAGGCAGAUGGAGGUGGAGGAGGAGAUUAUUCGGGAUGAGGAGGAGUACGUGGUGAAGUCGAGGAGAAAGUCUACAGGUGGAAAUAGGGAUUUGGGGAUUAUUGGGGAAGCCAUUUCUCCGGUGUCCAAUCAGGAUAAGCAGACGAUGCUGCUGAUUCAGAGGAAGGCAUCUUCCCUUUUGAAUGAAGCCAAUGAAAAUGUACUGAGGUGUCUCGAAUGCCCUUUCUCUGCUACUGAUCAAGCUAUCAUGGAUGCUCAUAAAAGACGACAUGGGAUUGAGAGACUCACUCCACCGUGUCCUCAUUGCAAUUAUGUACCCAGAAAAGAUGAGAAUCUUAAUGAACACAUUAGGCUCCACUUCAACAGGAUGUACAAGCCUGAGGGAUAUUUGAUCGUUGAAAUGUUGACUCUUAGAAUGGAGAAGCAAGAAGAGGGCGAUGAGAAGGGUAAGGAGAAUGAAAUGCUCUUUUGUGAAUCUUUUGAGGGGAAGUUUCUUCCUGUCACUGAUAUUGUCAGUACUUCGCCAGUGGCCAAGGGGAGGGAUUUCCAGGAGAAGAUCGUCAUUGAUGCAAACACUGGAGAGGCCACCCAUGGCAUCAAAGAUUAAUGUUUUACACUAAUUUUUUCACGAAUUGUAAUUUUGUAAAAAAGAAGAUGAUUUUUAAGAUUUUUUUUUUUUUGUUUCAUUUUGUGGUGUAUAAACGUGAUCAGGGCACUCGUAUUCUCAUGAUACGUACAAAUAUAUGUAGGAAUGGACUAAAUAAAUAAUGGGUUUGUUCCGAUUUUCG